UAUAUAUAUACUUAGAAAAAUCGAAACAACUGCACAACCGUUGUUGAGAUGAAGAUCGUUCGGAGAGAUUUUGUUCCCAAUGGCCCUGGCAGCGUCAAGAUGAUUCCCGAUGAAUCAGACGAUUUGUGGCUCGCUUAUAAUUUAAUUGCGCCGGGUGAUACUGUCAUGGCUGUUACAAUCAGAAAAGUUCUUAGAGAAGCAGCUUCUGGAUCAAGAGAAGCAGAACGUGUGAAACUUAAACUUGAAAUCAAAGUUGAGAAUGUUGAUUAUGACAAGGAAGGUGCUGUACUGAGAAUACGUGGGAAGAACAUUCUAGAAAACGAACAUGUUAAAAUAGGGCAGUUUCAUACACUUGAAAUUGAACUACAUCGGCCUUUUGUGUUAAGAAAGGUGUUAUGGGACUCACUCACCAUAGAUGCGCUUCAACAAGCUGCAGAUCCUUCUGCCAGUGCUGAUCUGGCAGUGGUGCUUAUGCAAGAAGGAUUGGCACAUAUUCUCCUUGUGGGUAAAAGUGUGACCAUAACCCGUUCUCGAAUAGAAGCUUCAAUUCCUCGCAAACAUGGGCCUUCUGUAGCUGGUUAUGACAAAGCUUUGAAUAAGUUCUAUGAGAAUGUCCUACAGGCAUUUGUGAAGCAUAUUGACUUCAAGGUUGUUCGAUGUGCUGUAAUUGCAAGUCCAGGAUUUACUAAGGAUCAAUUUCAUCGGCAUUUAAUGUUGGAAGCAGAAAGGAGAAAUUUGAGGGACAUAAUUGAGAACAAAUCACGCAUCAUUCUUGUACACUCCACUUCAGGAUACAAACAUAGUUUAAGAGAGGUUCUUGAUGCUCCAAAUGUGAUGAAUAUUAUCAAAGAUACAAAAGCUGCCCAAGAGGUGCGAGUUCUCAAGGAUUUCUUCACCAUGCUUACUAAUGAUCCACAUCGUGCAUGUUAUGGACCAAAGCAUGUUGAGGUUGCCCAUGAAAGAAUGGCUGUUCAGACAUUACUUAUCACUGAUGACCUUUUCAGGAGUUCUGAUGUAGCAACAAGGCAAAAAUAUGUGAAUUUUGUCAACACGGUCAAAGACUCUGGGGGCACCGCUCAUAUCUUUUCUUCAAUGCAUGUUUCUGGGGAGCAACUGGCACAGCUGACAGGAAUUGCUGCAAUACUUAGGUUCCCAUUGCCAGACCUUGACGAUAUUGAGAUCACCACUCACAACCUCCAGACUACUAAUCACCGCAAUCAAACCACCUUUUACCACCAGCACACCAUCAAACAAAGAUUGCAUCUUCACUACUGUCGCCCUUCGUUUCUCUCUAAAACACCCCAAACCAACGUUGGCUUCAUCACUCGAUGCUUGAAAUCGGUGCCGCCCUCUGUGUCUUUCUCAUUCGUUAUCGUUGCUCCUCUCAAACAACGACCAAAAGCAUUCUACAAAAAAAUCCUUAACACAAACAUUCUUCCACCGUCUCCCUCUGAAGAACUCCCAGUCGUGAGUAAUAUUUUUCAAAAGACCUCUACAAGAUCCUGUUUUCUUUUUUUUUCAAGGUAUGUAUCGUUUGUUUCCAUCUGUAUCCAGACACCAGUACAAGCAACCCUCCUCACGGCCGUCACUGCUCCCCACCAACCUACGCUCUCACCUUCAAAAUCCAUCGACGAUCUGAGCCACUGCCAUUUUUUCCGUUUGGUGACGUUUGGUACCGUUUGUCCAAUACCAGAGUAUGCAGAAAAAAUGAAAUCAACUGGAAAGAGAGAGGAAGAAGUUGGUGUUUUUUUUUGUGUAUGGGGUUGUUUUUCUUACAUUAUUGGCAAGAUUGUCUAUUUAGUGAAGAAUUCAACUCUGGGAUUAGAUAGCCCAACAUGCUUUGUCUGGCCAACAUUUGUACGUUUCCACACUACAACAUCAUUACUAAAGAUCAGCAUUUUAAUCAAAUUGGAGAGAACAAAAGUGCAUAAAGUGUCAAGUGUAGCUAACCCAAGGUAUGGCCUUGCUAACAGGGCAAGGCAAUAUUGUGAGUUUUGCAGACCAAACUCAUAGGAGAGAUGAUGAACCACAACUUACAACACCACCGCCACCAUAAUCUUCACUGAUCACUUUCUCCGGUGAACGGACACACCAUAAUCUUCGCCCAAUCUCCCCACUACCAACUUAACCCAAUUUGGGGUUUUAAAAAUCUUCAUGCCUUUUUUUUAUCCUUAUUAUGUGUUUUAGGAUUCAACAAGUCUUAAUAUGUGACCAUUGCUCUGCUUAGAAGAUGAAAACCACCUUAAUGGAUUUGUAGUGACCAAAAGAACUGACUUUUGAUUGUAGG